GUCUUUGCUGGCCCCGAGAUCUUGCCAUUAGACAUUUAUGAUGCAGUAGCCCAGUUUAAUAUUGGAUGUCAGGCUUCUGUGAAGAUUUUUGAGGAACUUGGAAUUUCCCCUGGUCAUUAUUGUAAGAUGAGGCUCAAUGAGUUGAUUAAGUCUGUGUUCUAAAAGCCAACUCCAAAGGACAAGGAAUCAACAAGUCUCAAUGGAGAUUACUUUGCGGCAAAAGAAAAGAACUGAUAAACAUGAAAAGGAGGGUGAUACCUACGUACCUAAUGGACUUUAA